CAGGGGUAAGUUGAAGGUGGCCAAAAUGUGCUUUCAUUUUGGAAUGGCAUGUAGGAUUCAGUCUCAUGCCAAUUCCAGUCCAUUGGUAGUGACUCAGUGGAGUUCCUAGACCUAAUAACACACUUCAAAAGGCAGGAUGCAAAAACUGGUAGAACCACAAGGAAAAAUAGACAAAUGCAUAAAUAUAAUCAGAUAUUUCAUUACCCCAUUCCCAAUAGUUAACAGAACAAGUCGUCAGAAAUUAAGCAAGGCUAUAGAAGAUUUGAACAACAUUAUCAAACAACUUGACCCAAUUGACAUUUGCAGAACAUUUGACCCAAUUGGAGCAGCAUUCACAUUCUUUUCAAGUGCACAUGGAACAGUUACCGAGCCAGAAGAACUAGCUACAAGUCCACACAGUUUUAAGAAAAAGGCCUUUAAGAAGUCCAAAGUCUGUGGAGUCUGCAAGCAAAUUAUUGACGGCCAAGGUAUCUCAUGCCGAGUCUGCAAGUAUUCCUGCCACAAGAAAUGUAAAGCCAAGGUGGCGGUCCCCUGCUGUGUGCCAGUCCCCUGGGAACAGGCUUCUGGGAGCUCCUCGCCCACAGCGCCGCUCUGCCAGCAUAGAAACUCCAGGCUGACCGCCCCAAACCCCACAAUGGAGGACAGCCAGGAGCUGGACCUGACGUACAUCACGGAGCGCAUCAUCGCUGUCUCCUUCCCUGCCAGCAGCUCUGAGGAGUCCUAUCUCCACAACCUGCAGGAGGUCACGCGCAUGCUCAAGUCCAAGCAUGGUGACAAUUAUCUGGUAUUAAACCUUUCUGAAAAGAGAUAUGACCUUACAAAGCUUAAUCCAAAGACGAUGGAUGUGGGCUGGCCGGACCUGCAUGCCCCGCCCCUCGAUAAGAUGUGCACCAUAUGCAAAGCCCAGGAGUCCUGGCUCAACAGUGACCCCCAGCACGUGGUGGUCAUCCACUGCCGGGGCGGGAAAGGACGCAUCGGAAUGAUCAUCUCCUCCUACACGCACUUCACCAACGUCUCAGCCAGUGCCGACCAAGCCCUUGACAGAUUCGCAAUGAAGAAAUUUUACGAUGAUAAAGUUUCAGCUUUAAUGCAGCCAUCCCAAAAACGGUACGUGCAGUUCCUCAGUGGCCUCCUGUCUGGGUCAGUGAAAAUGAACGCCUCUCCGCUGUUCCUGCAUUUUGUCAUCCUGCACGGCAUCCCCAACUUCGACACAGGUGGAGUGUGCCGGCCCUUUCUGAAGCUCUACCAGGCCAUGCAGCCUGUGUACACGUCGGGGAUCUACACCGUCAGCCCCGAAAACCAGAGCAGGGUCUGCAUCGCCAUCGAGCCAGCGCAGCUCCUGAAGGGGGACAUCAUGGUCAAGUGUUACCACAAGAAGUACCGCUCUGCCACCCGCGACAUCAUCUUCCGCCUGCAGUUUCACACCGGCGCUGUCCAGGGCUAUGGGCUCGUGUUCGGAAAGGAGGAUCUGGAUAACGCCAGCAAGGAUGACCGUUUUCCUGACUAUGGGAAAAUCGAAUUAGUCUUCUCAGCCACUCCCGAGAAGAUCCAAGGGUCUGAGCAUCUGCACAAUGACCACGGAGUGAUUGUCGACUACAACACAGCAGACCCCCUGAUUCGCUGGGAUUCCUAUGAGAACCUGGGUGCAGACGGAGAAGUGCUGCACACACAGGGCCCCGUCGACGGCAGUCUCUAUGCUAAGGUGAGGAAGAAGAGUACCUCAGAUCCCAGCAUCCCGGGUGGCCCCCAGGCUGUCCUGGCCACCCACAGCCCAGACCACAGUGACCACACCCUGUCUGUCAGCAGCGACUCAGGCCACUCCACCGCCUCAGUCAGGACUGACAAGACUGAAGAGCGCCUGGCUCCCGGCGCCAAGAGGGGCCUGAGCCCCCAGGAGAAGGCCGAGCUAGACCAGCUUCUCAGUGGCUUUGGUCUAGAAGAGUCUGAGAACUCAUUCAAGGAUAUGACUGAUGCUCAGAGCAAGUAUAGUGGGACCCGCCAUGUUGUGCCAGCCCAGGUCCACGUUAAUGGGGACGCCAAGCUGCGAGACCGGGAAACAGACAUCUUGGAUGACGAGAUGCCCAACCACGACCUGCACAGUGUGGACAGCCUAGGGACGUUGUCCUCUUCAGAGGGGCAGCCCUUGGCCCACCAUGGCGCCUUCACCUGCCACAAGAGCAGCCAGAACUCCCUCUUGUCUGAUGGCUUUGGCAGCAACACUGGUGAAGACCCACCAGGCAGCCUUGGCCCAGACCUGGGCAUGAGCGUGGAGCUGCUUUACGAGAGGUCCUUUGGAAACCGGGAGCCCAGACAGCCCCCGGCCCUGCUGAAGAAGCCGUCUGUGUCGGCACAGACGCAGACCUACGGGCAGAGCGGCUACUCCACACAGACCUGGGUGCGCCAGCAGCAGAUGGUGGCUGCACACCAGUACAGCUUCUCACCCGAUGGAGAGGCCAGGCUCGUCAGCCGCGGCACAGCCGAGAAUGCUGGCCUCAUCCCGGCCCAGCCCAGAGUGCCAGUCAACCCCACCCGCGGGGCUAGCAGCAGAGUGGUCGUCCAGAGAGGUGUAGGCAGUGGGCCGAAUCCCCCAGAAACACAGCUGCCCCCUCCUAGCAAAGCAUUCAAACCUGUAUUUGCAAAUGAAAAUGCCAUGAACGGGGUUGACCUGGAGCUGAACCCAGUCCUCUCACCAGGCUCCCCGACCCUGGACAUCGACCAGUCCAUUGAGCAACUCAACAGGCUCAUCUUGGAGCUGGACCCCACCUUCGAGCCCCUCCCAACCCACAUGAACACGCUGGGCAGUCAGACCAACGGUGCUGCAACCCCAGACGGAGUGGGCAGCCGGCUUCGGGCCAGCGGCAGGCUGCAGGACCCAGGAGAGGGCCCCAGCAGGAUGCCCGGGAGGCAAGGCCCCAUAGGGGAUGACCCCCUGGGUGGAAGACUGCGGAAGCUGAGCCUUGGGCAGUACGAUAACGAUGCUGGCGGGCAGCCAUCGUUCUCCAAAUGCAACUGGGGAAAGACCACCACUGUGGACCAAGAUCCAAGUAUGGCGUCAUUCCUCAAUUCAGCGGACACCAAAGAGACAGUGAUCACCAGUUACCCUUCAGACAUUGAUGUGAUCAAUGGCAGGAUCUUCUCUCCAACCAAAAAUGGCAGCGAGUCAGCCCCUUCAACACCAGCAUUUCCUGUGUCACCAGAAACACCGUAUGUGAAGACCCCUCCCCAUUAUCCUCCAUUCAACCCCUUGGAGCCGAAGAUGAGUAGCCCAGUCAGUCUGUACAAAGGAGCACAUGGUAAGAAAUUCACCCACUUCUGAUGUGUUGUAAGAAAGGUCAGCUUUCUUGGCUCUGGUUACUUCUCUGCAUAGCCACCAUCUUUAUGUGUCCUCUUAAGCAGAAAUAUUUCGACUUGCAUCAGACCUCUAAGCCUUGGUGAGGAUGGGUCUUGCAGACGGAGGUAUAGGAAUGCAUUUAUGAAACCCACUGGGGGUUUAGCAGCACACCAUUGACUCUCAGCCUGCAAUCCUGGAAGAGAACUAUUUCUGUUAGAUACUUUCCAUAUGCCUAUGGAGACAUGUGUUAACGGGAAGGGUUGAUAGUACCUGUUGAUGCUUAGCAUUAGUGCUUCUAACUCCUCAUGGCAUUAUGGCCAGUCUGGAGUUGAAAGGAAGAAACUAGAACACCCCACCCUCCCCUAUCCAGAGAGAGCAGGUCCCAGCAGCGGUGUGCUGCGUGAAC